CCCGCCAGACCCCGCGCCGCCCGCGCCCCGCUCGACUCCGGAGGCUCCCGCAGCCCCAGCGCCGGCCCCGCUGCCCCCUCCCCCGGGGGGCCAUGGGGACGCCCCCGGGCUACCGGCCCUCGGCUUGGGUGCAUCUCCUCCACCAGCUGCCCCGCGCCGACUUCCAGCUCCGCCCGGUGCCCAGCGGUUUCGCGCCCCGAGAGCAGGAUUACCAGCAGGCCCUGCUGCUGGUGGUGGCCUUGGCGGGCCUGGGCCUGGGCCUCAGCCUCAUCGGCAUCGCUGUCUACCUCAUCCGCUUCUGCUGCUGCCGGCCCCCAGAGCCCCCCGGGCCCAAGAGCCCCCAACCUGGAGCAGGCUGUGUCACCUGGAGCUGUGUGGCUGCUCUUCUCGUCGGCUGCGCAGGCAUUGGCAUCGGUUUCUAUGGCAACAGCGAGACCAGUGAUGGGGUGUCCCAGCUCGGCUCCGCCCUGCUGCACGCCAACCACACGCUCAGUGCCAUUGACCACCUGGUGUCUGAGACGGUGGAGAGGCUGGGUGAGGCGGUGAGGACAGAGCUGACCACGCUGGAGGAGGUGCUCGCGCAGCGCACGGAGCUGGUGGCCGCGGCCCGGGGGGCUCGGAGGCAGGCGGAGGCGGUGGCCCAGCAGCUACAGGGCCUGGCCUUCUGGCAGGGGGUGCCCCUGAGCCCCCUACAGGUGGCCGAGGAUGUGUCCUUCGUGGAGGAGUACAGGUGGCUGGCCUACGUCCUCCUGCUGCUCCUGGAGCUGCUGGUUUGUUUCUUCACCCUCCUGGGCCUGGCAAAGCAGAGCAAGUGGCUGGUGAUGGUGAUGACGGUGAUGAGUCUCCUGGUUCUGGUUCUGAGCUGGGGCUCCAUGGGCCUGGAGGCAGCCGCCGCCGUGGGACUCAGCGACUUCUGCUCCAACCCUGACGCCUAUGUCCUGAACCUGACCCAAGAGGAAACGGGGCUCAGUUCAGAUAUCCUGAGCUAUUAUUUCCUCUGCCACCAGGCCGUCUCCAGCCCCUUUCAACAGAGGCUGACUCUGUCCCAGCGAGCUCUGGCCACCAUCCACUCGCAGCUGCAGGGCCUGGAGAGAGAAGCAGCUCCGCAGUUCCCCGACGCGCAGAAGCCCCUGUGGUCCUUGGAGGAGACGCUGAACGUGACGGAGGGAAACUUCCACCAGCUGGUGGCGCUGCUGCACUGCCGCGGCCUCCACAAGGACUACGGCGCGGCCCUGCGAGGCGUGUGCGAGGACGCCCUGGAGGGCCUGCUCUUCCUGCUGCUCUCCUCCCUGCUGGCCGCCGGGGCCCUGGCCGCCGCGCUCUGCAGCCUGCCCCGCGCCUGGGCCCUGUUCCCGCCCAGUGACGACUAUGAUGACACGGACGAUGACGAUCCUUUCAACCCUCAGCAGGAAUCCAAGCGCUUCGUGCAGUGGCAGUCAUCUAUCUGAGCCCCUCCUCCCCGCCAGCCUGGAGUCUGCCCGCCCUCUUCGGUGAGCUUCCAGACAGCCGCCCCCAGCUCCUGAAUCCUGGCCUCUGCCCUCCUCUCCCAAACUCCAGCAGCGUGGAGUCUCAGAAGGGGAGAGGGGACUUGAGAAGUAACCCCCAACACCCCAACCCACCAACAUUUCAUCAGGCUCAUCCUCUAACCCACCCUUCACAGUAGGACUGGGGUCCCCACGUCACAGCAGAGGGAUCUGGGGGCUGGCGGGCAGACUUGUCCCCUGCCUCCUGGAGGACACUGGCAGGCCCCCCACUGCUGCCCGCCGGCCCUGAUGCACUCUGGCGCUGCACUGUGUCCUCCCCUCUGGUCUCCCUGCUGGAGAAGACCCCACUAACCCAGCCCAGCUGGGCUCUGACCACUAACAUCCCUGGCCACGGACACCCCAACAACUCUGCCUCCCUGCUGCAGCCCCCAGCCCUCCCUCCAUCUGCCCCCAGCCCUGGGAGUCAGUGUGGGAGGGCGGGAGGCAGGGACCAGGGCUGGCCGGGGAGCCAACAGCAGCCCCACAACCCCCUCCCUGGCUGCCAGUCCCACCCUCGAAGGGACUGAACUGGGGGGGGCACGAAUCUCCCCUCCCCACAUCCCAGUGGGCUCAGGCCCUCUGGUCGGAACUUGCGGCACUAACUUGGAAAUGGGUUAAUUUGAAAUAAAAGGGAAGACUUUAUUUUACAA